UUGCUGCCUAGUAAUGUAUUCCAGUGUGACUCAUUGUAUCAGUCUGGAAGAGCUGUAGUCUGGGAGCAGUAUUAAGCACAACUUUCGUCCAGUUUAGCCCAAGAACUCUUCACUUUGCUGGGGAUUUUACGUUUCUGUUGUUGGAGAAUAUCCUCAAGGGUCACAAGAAUGGAAUUCCAGACUAGGAUUCACCCAGAUAUUCCAGAAAAUGGGGAACUGCCUCCCAUGGAAGUGACAAAUAAUUUUGUACCCCAGGAAGGCGGAGGAGAAGAUGAAAAGCCAGUAUCAAACUUGCAGAGAAGGCGUAGUGAUGUCAGAGUCUAUAAAGAAAUAUGCGACUUCUAUGCUAGAUUCAACAUGGCAAAUGCUCUGGCAAAUGCAAUUUGUGAGCGCUGUCGAUCUGGUUUUGCUCCUUCUGAAAAGAUUGUCAACAGCAACGGAGAGCUGUACCAUGAGCAGUGUUUUGUAUGUGCUCAGUGCUUUCAGCAGUUUCCAGAGGGACUCUUCUAUGAGUUUGAAGGUAGAAAAUAUUGUGAGCAUGAUUUCCAAAUGCUGUUUGCUCCCUGCUGCCAUCAGUGUGGUGAAUUUAUCAUUGGCCGUGUCAUUAAGGCUAUGAACAACAGCUGGCAUCCAGAGUGUUUCCGCUGUGAUAUCUGUCAGCAAGUCCUGGCAGACAUUGGAUUUGUUAAGAACGCUGGAAGGCACCUUUGCCGUCCCUGUCACAACCGAGAGAAAGCAAGAGGACUUGGCAAAUAUAUCUGCCAGAAGUGCCAUGCUAUUAUUGAAGAGCAUCCCCUUAUAUUCAAGAAUGACCCAUAUCACCCAGAUCAUUUUAACUGUGCCAACUGUGGAAAAGAGCUGACCGCCGAUGCUCGUGAGUUAAAAGGUGAGCUGUAUUGCUUACCUUGUCACGACAAGAUGGGUGUGCCUAUAUGUGGGGCUUGCAGAAGACCAAUUGAAGGACGUGUCGUCAAUGCUAUGGGAAAGCAGUGGCAUGUCGAGCAUUUUGUAUGCGCAAAGUGUGAAAAACCCUUUCUUGGCCAUCGCCAUUAUGAGAGGAAGGGGCUGGCUUACUGCGAGACACAUUACAACCAGCUUUUUGGAGAUGUCUGCUUUCAUUGCAAUCGUGUUAUUGAAGGUGACGUUGUAUCUGCCCUGAACAAGGCCUGGUGUGUGAACUGUUUUGCAUGUUCCACCUGCAACACAAAGUUAACACUCAAACAUAAGUUUGUUGAGAUAGACCUAAAGCCCACCUGCAAGCACUGUUACGAGAAGUUGCCGGAUGAGUUUAAACGCCGCCUUUCAAAGCAGUCGAAAGAGGCAAAGGACAAAGAGAAAAAGAAAAUGGGAACAUGUCUUUGAAUUAUUUACAUUCUACUGUGAUUUACCCCCUUGGGAACAAAUUUGUUGAAUUUGACAUGAAGCCUGUCUGUAAGAAAUGCUAUGAGAAGUUUCCUCUGGAGUUAAAGAAAAGGCUUAAGAAGCUAUCUGAACCACUAGCUAAAAAAUAAGUGGGUCUUACUGACACCUACAGGGUGAAGACUUGGAUAAGCAUGCUUGCUCGGAGAGAAUCUCUCCCAUAUCCUUGACCGUGUCUUGUUCACUGAGGCUGUUAUCUGCACUAACCUUCACAGCAAAAUAUGUAUCUGCAUGAAUAUUGCAUUCAAUUACCACACACACAUGCUAUUUAUCCUAUCACCUCAUCCUUAAAGAGAAAAGUGCUCUGUUGCUCUUGUCGUACUUGCCUCACCAUGUUCUGUUAGCAAUCAUUCUUGGCCAAUAACCGAGUGGGGCAGGGACAAUAAACUUUCCAACCACCAUUGCUCUUUUUGAAAUUGUAACUGGGGAGACACCUUGUUUGAACCUAAAAUAUUUAUUCAGUUUGUGAUACUGAAUCUACACAUCACUGCUUUAAAGUAUCCUUAAUAGAUAUGAUUUUGAAACAAGUAUUUUUCAUGGAAAUCAGUGUUACUGUAGAUGAAGUGGACUUGUGCUCCAACCUGCUGCAGAAGUUCAUCUACAAAAUGUCAAGUCAUUUCAAUUGUGAGAUGCUACAGUUGUUUUUCUCAUGUUACAUGUGAGGUUUCCAUCACAAGAAGAAACUUUAGCGUUUUAUUUGUGCCAAACACUUUGCUUUGGCUCAGACUGAAGUAAACCUUUAUGUUUAACUUUUUGAUCUCCAGAAUGUACAAAUCCCAGCAUCCCUCAGCAGGUGAGGCUCUCUUUCCUAUGGUCUUGACUGCCUCGUGCAUUUAAAACCUCAGUCCUCCCCCUUCCUCAUUUAAUUUUUAAGAUCUAUAUAAAGAAGAUGAAAUAUUUAAAGAACCAUACAGAAAAAGCAUAUAUGUACAUGUAUGUUCUUGAAUUUCAAGCUGACUUCAAUAAAGGAUUAUAUGCACAAGGCCAGAAGAUUUUCCCACGAAAAUAAAUUGUGAUGCAUGCAUAACACCGUAGCAUCUAGUCCUCCUGCAUGCAUAGUCGGAUUUGUUUCUGCAACUUUCCCAGGUCUAGUCACAGAUAUAAAAUGCUUGAAAAUGGCUUGAUGUCCAAUAUACAGAGAUGCAGAUGUCUUAAAGGAGAACUCAACCCGAGUUAUAAAAAGCCCCUACCUAAUAAGCAAGAUAGUACCCCCCCCCCCUGCUUCCCCUCGCAUAGUUCAAUAGGUUCGAAAAUGCCCAUACAAUAUUUCCCACCUAAUAGUGCAGAGUAAGUGCAGUAGAGCUUGUGGGUAACAUCUUCCCGAUCCUCAUUUUUUUUUUGGGUCCUUUUCGGAUCCUCUUCCGCAAUUUCCAGCACUUUUGGAGCAUGCACAGUCGGUACGCUUCGGAAGACUGCUCCAAAUGUGCAUGCACCAGGACAGCGCUCUAUUACAGAUGAAGAUCACGAUCAGAAAGAUGGCGCCCACAAGCUUUACUGUGCUUACUCUGCACUGUUAGGUGGGAAAAAUUUUACAGACAUUUUCUGAACUAUGAGAGGGGGGGGGGGGACUACCUUGCUUACAAGGUCCUUUAAGAGACCGCUCUGGGUGUUUUAUUGCUGUGACUUAAGUUGAGAAAAGCUGCAGAGACCUCAGUCCGUAUUUUAGGAAAAUAUUGUAUCAGUUUUUGAAACCACAAAUGUUCCUGUUUUUUGGCUCAGGUCAUUAAUAUGCAUUAGUAGAAGCCUUUGCUGAAUAUGGCGACUCACAUUGAAGAGAUCUUUCAUUACACACACAUCCCCUAACCAUCCAGAGUAGAUAAUCCAACACACUGCAAUACAAAAAAUCUGUAUUUGAACUUCAAAAGAAAACUGUUGAUGUAUGAAAAUACCAAUUCGUUCCCCCCCCCCUCUCUUUUUGGUGUUAAGGGUUUUUAAAAUUAGGUAUGUACUAUUGGAUGCAUCUGGCACACUAGGUGCCUGGAGAGUCAUGGGCAGCCUAUAUAUAUGCUUCACUCGUGCACUUAUCAAAGAAGCAUAGUGCUCCGUUGCAUUAACAACUUACUUGCACAACCAAUGCAGAACUAGUGCCUUUACCCACAUAAUGUGGAGCACACAGAUACAUCUCCUGUAGUGUAAUAUCUUUAAAGGGAACAAUGGAAUACCAACUGCAGAAUAUUGCUGAUCUAACUACUUGAAUUACACUCCUCUGCAGCAUUUCUCUUAAUGUGCAUGUCUUAUUUACCCUGACUGCUUCAUUUUGGUGUGCCUUACCUGUAUUAGUUCAAUCAAACAGACCUUGUAGUGUAUAUCAAAUAUUUAAUAUUAUAUCUACGUAAGCUUUUUUUCUAAUCUAUGCAGUAAAGCCAUGCUGUUUACCCAGAACGCAGGUUUUUAUCUUGAAUAUAUGAAGUAUUUUUAUUGCAAGUUAUAAUCAUAGUUAUGGUUACAUAUUCAUGAAUUUAUAUCUAACAGAUCCUAUUCUACCCUGUGUAGAAUACAUUUAUGUUGCCCAUUUAGCAGUAAUAUAUGAAUAAGCCUGAAGGUUUUACGAUAUCUUUCUGAGAAAAAUGAUUUGCUCAAAAAUGUUUUAUGGGAAUUCAAAAGACUGUAAGCGUAUCAUUUAAAUAAAGAGUCUCCUCAGGUUAUAUUAUGGAAACAAUAUUGGCUCAUUUUUCUGUAACAUGGACAAUAAAGCCUAUACAUAAA